AUGGUGCUCACAGGCCUCCCUGAUCCAUGGUGCUGGGUUUACCACUCCUCUAGGGCCUCCCUGAUCCAUGGUGCUGGGUUUACCACUCCUCAAAGGCCCUCUCUGAUCCAUAGAGCUGGGUUUACCACUUCUCUAGGGCCCUCCCUGAUCCAUGGUGCUGGGUUUACCACUCCUCCAGGGCCCUCCCUGAUCCAUGGUGCUGGGUUUACCACUCCUCCAGGGCCCUCCCUGAUCCAUGGUGCUGGGUUUACCACUCCUCUAGGACCAUCCCUGAUCCAUGGUGCUAGGUUUACCACUCCUCUAGGGCCAUCCCUGAUCCAUGGUGCUGGGUUUACCACUUCUCUAGGGCCCUCCCUGAUCCAUGGUGCUGGGUUUACCACUCCUCUAGGGCCCUCCCUGAUCCAUGGUGCCGGGUUUACCACUCCUCUAGGGCCCUCCCUGAUCCAUGGUGCUGGGUUUACCACUCCUCAAAGGCCCUCUCUGAUCCAUGGUGCUGGGUUUACCACUCCUCUAGGGCCCUCCCUGAUCCAUGGUGCUGGGUUUACCACUCCUCUAGGGCCCUCCCUGAUCCAUGGUGCUGGGUUUACCACUCCUCUAGGGCCCUCCCUGAUCCAUGGUGCUGGGUUUACCACUCCUCUAGGGCCCUCCCUGAUCCAUGGUGCUGGGUUUACCACUCCUCUAGGGCCCUCCCUGAUCCAUGGUGCUGGGUUUACCACUCCUCUAGGGCCCUCCCUGAUCCAUGGUGCUGGGUUUACCACUCCUCUAGGGCCCUCCCUGAUCCAUGGUGCUGGGUUUACCACUUCUCUAGGGCCCUCCCUGAUCCAUGGUGCUGGGUUUACCACUCCUCUAGGGCCCUCCCUGAUCCAUGGUGCUGGGUUUACCACUCCUCUAGGGCCCUCUCUGAUCCAUAGUGCUGGGUUUACCAUUCCUCUACGGCCCUCCCUGAUCCAUGGUGCUGGGUUUACCACUCCUCCAGGGCCCUCCCUGAUCCAUGGUGCUGGGUUUACCACUCCUCCAGGGCCAUCCCUGGUCCAUGGUGCUGGGUUUACCACUCCUCCAGGGCCCUCCCUGAUCCAUGGUGCUGGGUUUACCACUCCUCCAGGGCCCUCCCUGAUCCAUGGUGCUUGGUUUACCACUCCUCCAGGGCCCUCCCUGAUCCAUGGUGCUGGGUUUACCACUCCUCCAGGGCCCUCCCUGAUCCAUGGUGCUGCGUUUACCACUCCUCUAGGACCCUCCCUGAUCCAUGGUGCUGGGUUUACCACUCCUCUAGGACCCUCCCUGAUCCAUGGUGCUGGGUUUACCACUCCUCUAGGGCCAUCCCUGAUCCAUGGUGCUGGGUUUACCACUCCUCUAGGACCAUCCCCGAUCCAUGGUGCUGGGUUUACCACUCCUCUAGGGCCCUCCCUGAUCCAUGGUGCUGGGUUUACCACUUCUCUAGGGCCCUCCCUGAUCCAUGGUACUGGGUUUACCACUCCUCUAGGGCCCUCCCUGAUCCAUGGUGCUGGGUUUACCACUUCUCUAGGGCCCUCCCUGAUCCAUGGUGCUGGGUUUACCACUCCUCUAGGGCCCUCCCUGAUCCAUGGUGCUGGGUUUACCACUCCUCUAGGGCCCUCCCUGAUCCAUGGUGCUGGGUUUACCACUCCUCCAGGGCCCUCCCUGAUCCAUGGUGCUGGGUUUACCACUCCUCCAGGGCCCUCCCUGAUCCAUGGUGCUGGGUUUACAACUCCUCUAGGGCCCUCCCUGAUCCAUGGUGCUGGGUUUACCACUCCUCUAGGACCAUCCCUGAUCCAUGGUUCUGGGUUUACCACUCCUCCAGGACCCUCCCUGAUCCAUGGUGCUGGGUUUACCACUCCUCUAGGGCCCUCCCUGAUCCAUGGUUCUGGGUUUACCACUCCUCUAGGACCCUCCCUGAUCCAUGGUGCUGGGUUUACCACUCCUCUAGGGCCCUCCCUGAUCCAUGGUGCUGGGUUUACCACUCCUCUAGGGCCCUCCCUGAUCCAUGGUGCUGGGUUUACCACUCCUCUAGGGCCCUCCCUGAUCCAUGGUACUGGGUUUACCACUCCUCUAGGGCCCUCCCUGAUCCAUGGUGCUGGGUUUACCACUCCUCUAGGGCCCUCCCUGAUCCAUGGUGCUGGGUUUACCACUCCUCUAGAACCAUCCCUGAUCCAUGGUGCUGGGUUUACCACUCUUCCUAUCUUUUGUUACCUAUGGUCCUGA